UGCUUUGAAAUUCCUCGUCCUUAGAUCUUUAGUAUGUGAAAUGAGCAUGGUACUAGCUGUUGUGUGAACGGAGAGAGACAGUGGGACAUCGACGGAGCAGCCUGACCAUAUCCUCUACGGCGAUAUUCGAUUUAGUCCUUCUUUUUAUUCUGUUCUUGUGAUAACUGACUGCUGAUGAUCUUUCUGCUCCAUUCGAAGGAAAGUAUUUUGAAGGGACAGAAGAGCGGAUCAAGGAAUGAUGACAUUUGAGAUAAAUCUCCCUUUUUAAAGACACUAAUUUCAUUUGAUUCAGGGAACCCAUGCUAGCGUUGGUAUAUUUGGAUUAAACAAACCGGGUACUUAUCAUUGAUUAUUGAUUUGCGCAUAAUACGGUGUGUACAUAAAUGUAUUUCGACUUGCACCUACACGUUCGCUGCCCUCGCCUGAACUCUGCGCCGCCUCGAUCCAGAUGAACGAUUCUCCCCACGGAUCUGAAGCGCAUUUACGCAGUCCGUCCCCCGAGCGCACCGGUAACAACAGCGGUAAUUCACCCCAGAGAGGAGCGAAAAGACCGCUGGUUUCCGUACCUUCUCCCUCAGAUCCAACACGCCAGGCUAAAAGGCUGCCCAUUCGGAUUCUAAAGAUGUUGAGCGCACACAGCAGCCACUUGCUACACCCGGAAUAUCUCCAACCCCUGACGUCCGCGCCAGUGAGCAUUGAGCUGGAUGCUAAGAAGAGUCCCCUGGCCCUGCUGGCUCAGACCUGCUCUCAGAUCGGCAAACCAGACCCCCCGUCCUCGUCCAAACUGGGCUCCCUCUCCUCCGGCAGCCUCAGUGACAAGGACCCAUCCGGACGCUCCUCCAGCUCCGGCCACAAGUCUGGAGACCAGCAUCAGUCUCUGGAGGAUAAGUCUAGCUUCAAGCCUUACAACAAGGCCGGAGGGGAAUGCCGCAAGGAUGGGCUGUUGACCAAGGGUUCUACAGACAAAGCUGGCUUCAGAGUGCCCAGUGGUGGAUCCGGGAGCGGCGGCUCUUGCCCUUCCUUCCCCCCACACUCCACCUCUCCUAGCUCCAGCUCCCCUCCCCUGCACUCCCAAGGCCAGUCCCACAGACAGACCCAGUCCCCGUCCACACAGCAGCAGACAUCACACUCUCAGGCCCUGCACAUGGACAAAAAGCCUGUGAGCUCAGACCAGGCCAGCUCAGACAGCAACAGCAGCACAGGGAAGAAAGACUCUGAUCACAGCAAGGAGAGGCUGGAUGGGGCCCAGCUAGCUAACUCCAGUCACAUGCGGGCUAGCGCCAACUCCAGCAAUGCCAGCUCCGCUAGCAGCCCGCGGCCGGAUAGCAAGGCUGACCCACAGUCCUCUCAGCCUGGGCUAGGCUCCGGACACAUCGCCCCUGUCUCCCCCUUCAAACCAGGACACUCCGUCUUCCCCAUGCCCCCCGCCUCCAUGGGCUACCAUGGCUCCAUAGUGGGCGCCUAUGCAGGCUACCCCUCUCAGUUCCUGGAUCAUACCAAGUCUAGUCUAGGGAUGGGGAUCCCAGGGAAGCACCCUGGCUCCAGCCCCCUCACCGGGGCCUCACCUCCGUCCCUCAUGCAGGGUCUAUGCAGGGACCCAUAUUGUCUGACCUAUCCCAACCACCCCCAUCUAGGGGGCAGCAACUGCAAUACGUGUGUCCACGACCCCUCCUCCCUAAAAUCAGGUUUCCAAAUCAUGUAUCCGUCUCACCAUCUCCACUCCCUCCACCCCAGCUCUCUAUCCUCCACCACCCCCACCCUGUCCCACCCGCUCUACACCUACGGCUACAUGCUGCAGAACGAGCCCCAGCCACACGCCUGUAACUGGGUGUCAGUAGGAGGGCCGUGUGACAAGCGUUUCUCCACGUCAGAGGAGCUGCUGGCCCACCUGCGUACUCACACAGCUCUCUCUGGUGGGCUGGACAGUAAGCUCCUCUCUGCCUACCCCUCCUCUGUCUCCUCAGCCGCCUCCUGCCACCUCCACCUUCCCCAGCCCGGCAGCCCUGGCACCAUGCCCAGCUCCUUCUCCCUGCGGGGGUCACCUGGCUUAGGCCUGGCCCGCUACCACCCCUACACUAAGGCCCACCUGCCCGGAGCCCCAGGCCUGUCCAUGCAUUCUCUACAGGCCUCCUCGCCGUACUACUCCCCCUAUGCCCUCUACAGCCAGAGACUGGGCUCAGCCUCUGCCCUGGGCUACCAGUGAUGUUUGAGGACACAGAGACAACAGAACAGGCACCUCAGACAUGCACAGUGGAUGGAUGAACCAGGCCCCGUCUGGACAGGAGGGGUCUUUGCCAGUCACUACAACAAGGGGGCCUCACCCUGCCUGCCUGGAAUACCACCUGUUGCCACAGGAUUCUGAAUGGCAUUGCAAUGGCAAGAGACCCAGUGGUGAUGGCUGGCCAGCAGUACAGGCCCAGAGACAUUGGUGUGUGGGCCAGACACCUGCCUGGGAACAGAAAGGAGCUUGAAUUUGAUUGGAUGAGAUGGUGGAAUUUAGAUUGUUUUUUUGAUUUUAGAUUAUGAUUUUUUUCCCGCUCCCUCCUAGGAAUGAAAACGUGUAUUUAUUUUUCACCUGAGCGCUUGGCAUUCAAAAUGGGGGAAGUUUACUAUCCAAAUGAAUUGUUCAUAAAUAUUCUAAUAGAAAAAAUGUUUUGAAUCAUAGCAUUAUGUCUAUCAUACACUCUUUAAAUAAAGUUUUGCACCAUGGCAAAGAUGGACUGAUGUUUUUUUUUCUGGAGGAAUAAGCCUACUUUUUAACAUUUCUUCUGUGUCUUUCCAUUUCCGCUCUUUUUUUCCGUCUGCUAUUCACACUCUGAGGGAGUAUCGCAUGUCCUGACGGUGAAAGUCUUCUUAAUAAAUUGCCAUUUAUUUUGUAUUUGUAAGCAGAGAUGCCAUAUUUUUUCAAGUGUUAUUGUGUGAGCCCGUUGGGGUUGCUGACUGUCAUUGAACGAGGACGAGAUUAAAUCAAACAAAAUAAAACCACAACGAUGGCAGUGCUAUCCAUCUGACAGGGAAAUGUCUUAUUUUGUUUAAUAAAUGAUACUUGAUUGCA